AUGUCAUUCGGAGUGAACACCCUUCAACUGUACUCAGACGACUUCGGCUUGGGCAGCAAUGGUGUUCAAAUUUCUUUGAACUACUUCAGUGGUAUACCUGAACAACAUUUGUUGAACUCACUUGCAAGUUCUGAAAGCAAAGUCAUCUUCAAAUCGCUUCAUAAAAGAGAUGAAACUACGAAAGAAAAAGCUCUAAACGAACUUUUGGAACUCAUCGACCGUGCCAACCUCGGUCAAUCAAGCUGUGACGAUGAUAUUUUCACACUUUGUUGGUCUCAAAUGUAUGCCAAAUUGGUAACGAGCGAUUCAAGAAAUUUGAGAACGAAUUGUCAUCAACUUACCUGCAAACUGAUAAAAUUAAGAGGCAAAAAAAUAACCAAGUUUCUUCCAGAUUUAAUACCACUUCUGUUGUCAGGAUCUCAUGACUACGAUGCGGUGGUCGCCAAAGCAACAUAUUCUCAAUUGUUAUGGUGUUUCAAUGACGAUCAAGAUAAAAUUUCAAAACUCUGGGUUUUGUUUGAAUCGGCAAUACUGAAGCUGGUCAAAGAAAUCGUGUUGCAUGAAAACGAGGGCACUCUUUCGGAUGAAAGAUACGUUUCCCAUGAAGAUUCGCGGUUCAAAUACAUACGUCUGCUUACCACGGGAACCUGUAUGCUCACCAACAUGAUAGUCAAUGAUAAAGAAAAACGUUUGACAGGGAACGAGACAUAUGAAGAGAUUCUAUCCUCAGAAAACUUGUGGCAAAAUUUUUCUUUCAAAUAUAUGAAUAAUGUUAAAACGCUAAGCUCGCUUUUAACCUUGGCUAGAGGCCUUAGUAAGUCCGGCUUCUUAUCCUCCAAUCACUCGAUACUGAAGUUGGUCACAAAGCGCAUUCUGAAAUCGUUGGCCCAAUUGAGAAAGGAAAGCGCAAUGCAUUUUUCGUCAAUUUUCCCACAGAUUUCAAUCACCUUAGCAGAGUUGGGAUCCAUUGAAAACGGGCUUGCGUGGACUUUUGUCAAAAAAAGUGACGAGAAGAUUUUCCAUUUCCUGGAGUUAGGCCCUUGUUCUUCCGGUGGCUUGUAUUAUAAGGCUCUUUUCCAACUCUAUGAGAUUGGAAAUUUAACGUUCGACUAUGAACAGCAAUGGCAUCAGGUAUGGAAAAUUGAUCUGAGUAAGGAACUCAUGCGGAAACAGAUUGUUAGAGGAGGAGAUUGUCCUGCUACCGAGUUUUGGCGCUGUUAUUUUCGCUUUUGCGAAGACGCACCUCGAAAUUCACAAGAAACUUCAAGGAUUGCUGUUUUGGAAGGCAUCGUGGCACAACUUGAGUCCAGAAAUGUUGAAGAUCUUCCUGGAUUGAAGAUGUUACUGGCAAAUUAUCUAUCAUUUCGUUAUAUUCAUUCGCAUAUCGGAAGAAUUCUUGAAGGCGCAAUCAAUGAGAAUCAGUCCGCGUCUAUUCUGCUACAGAACUUGCUGACGCUUAUGCUUUCUAAACCUCAAAAUGAGGUUGCCGUACAUGCUAUUGCCGAGAAAGUUUCGGGUUCUAUUGAACAGUACAAAGACAAGAGUCCUGCCCUAUUAUUUACGGCUUUACUGAUGAUAAUGAAGGAAGAUUUUAAUUUUCUUACUUCCUUGGUCAAGAAACUAUUGGAAAAAGUGAUUGAUUUCACGGAAAAGCACUUCUUCAAGCUGCCAGCGGCUUUAUUCAUCCAGUUUUCCAAGUCUCACUACGUGCAUACUUCGCAAGAGAUAGAAUGGUUAGAUCUAUUUGAUAAGUUCGCCAGUAAGCUUGUAUCUCUCGGUUUGAGUCCAGUUCAAACUUAUCAGAUCUUCGAUCAAUUUCAAGAAAGGGUGGCAUCGGCACUGGGUAGAAACUCUAGGACCUUGCGCGAGUUCUUCACUAAGUGCAUCACUUCAGGUGAUUCUGAUUCAAAUGAGAGUUUACUUUUAUGCUCUAAGAUGCUCUCCGAGGACAUUUUGAAGCAAAUGCUGGAGGAAUCGCUGAGGCGUGGCAAAAUUGCUGAGUUUUGUACUCAAUUCUUGUCGAUUGACAAACACAUGAGGGGGCUCUUCUACCAAAACGCAAAAGUUCUACCUUCUAUGGUAGAACAGAGUGACGAGAAAGUUGUUGAUAAACUUCUUAAUGACGCCUUGUUCUUCUGUAAAUCUAACAACCACAUUGCUUCAAACAUGAUGGAGGCUAUACUUUCAAGAGUUCUUCUUACGAAGAAGCACUUUUCCUCUUUCUGGGUUCAACUUACUCUCAAAUUGAUUGCAAGAAACAAUGAAGCAUUCAAUGUCCUAUUUCCUUCUAAUGUGAAUUCUUUUCUCAAUACCCACAUUCCAGAGCUCGGCUAUAAUAUUGCUCUGGCAAAUAACUUGGGUUUCACUGCUCGUCUGCUUUCGCCGUCUGAAGUUCCUUUCAACCUGCACAAGGUUAGAGAGGGAAUUGUGUAUGCUCUCUUUUUGCACACUCUGGUGCAAGCCGCUCCUGACCUCCUUAAUGAUACGCUUCUUAUCUGCUUCACUGUUUUUAGUGAGCUCGCCAUGGAUUAUAAUACCCUCUCAGCAGAACCCGAGGAUUUUUUGCAAGAGUUUGAACUAACGUUGUUUAGAAACAAGUCUAAUGAGAUCAAUGCCCGAGAUCUUUUCAAAUGCAUUAAUGGGGAUAUCGUCCCUUCAUCAGAAAUACUUGAAAACCUGGUAGCGAUGGAAGGGUGUCAAAAAAGUGCAUUUUUUUACAGAUGCGUCAUUGUUCACAAGCUUUUGAAUAACAGCCUCGACUUCUUAACAACAACGGAGUUUGAUCGCGAAUUCGAUCUUAUGCCUUAUGUUCGCAAAGUUUUAAGAUCCGACGUUGAUUCAAGGGAACGUGUAUUGGCAUCGGCGGUAAUAUCAUCAUUUGAAAAGUUCAGGAAUAAGAGUCAGCAAACCGAAAGGUUGAGAACCUUUUUGGCCUCUGAACUUAUUGGUGUGAGAGAUGCGGAGCUCUCUAGGCAGGUGCCAUUGAUACUCACUUUGUUGAAUAGCCUUCUCGCUGUCGAUGACCAUGGCGAGAGCAAGGACCAUAGCGUGACUCCUAUCGCCCCGCAACGCCUGCGCUUGAUCUUCAAUCAAGUAAGUGACUGGUUGGAUGGGCCAAUUUACGAAUUCUAUCCGCUUAGAAUUACACUAUUAGAUUUUCUCUCAAGGCUGUUUGACUAUCCUUCGUUACUUUCAUUUGGUCACUCUCUUGAAGAAAACGCUGUCAGGCUGUUAGAUGAUUCGCUAAAUGUGUGCCUGGUUCCAGACUUUUUUCAAGAACUGGAGUUGAAAUCCUAUUGUAUCAGAUUUUACUCAAAGAUUGACGCAUUGACCAGAAAAGGUACGUUAGCGGGGACAAAAUGGCUUGAAGAUAAGAGCAUCACAGAACAAACCCUAAUUGAUCUAUUGACUUUGUCAUUGGACUUCUCCUUGCCUAACGCAGUUUCGAAUUGUUUCUAUAAGUCCGCUUGGAAGAUUUGUGACAGUAUUCCAAUUCCUCUUUUCAGAAAGAACCUUUCUUUCUAUAUCGAAGCCUGUUCUCAAAAACAAGACGUAAACAUCGAUCAGAUAAGACUGCUGACUGUGAUCUCCCGUAAGAUUAUUCUCCUAAACCAACAAGAUGCGCUUAUAGAGUAUGAAUUAAAGAAAGGUAAGGAAGCGGAUGGUGAGCAAGAAGAUGAUUUAUUCCAUUUGCCUGGUGAACUACUUGAAGCUCUCAAGUUCAAAAUACCCCAAGACAGUCUUCCUUACGCCAAUGGUGCGAAAUUUCUCAGAUAUUUAUGGUGCUUGUAUUUGACAUUGUCGUAUUUCAAAGACAUCAGUUACAAUUUCAGGCAGAAUUACAUUGACCAGCUGAAGCACAAUGGCCUGAUCGACCGGGUUCUUCGUUUUUUUGCUGAAGAGGUCAGCUCUGCAGAUAGCAAAUUCUGGGCUUCGAUAUCCGACUCAGAUGUGGAACAUUAUCAUAUUAUAACUACUGAGAGAUUUUCAGGUGAUGAGGACUUGAGAAUGGAAUCGAAGAAGCUUUUAGCUCACCUCAUGUUUUUGUCGUUUAACAUUCUAGGUUCUCUUGUAAGUGCAUGGUAUCUGAACAUCAAGGACAGGGCAUUACAAACCGAGAUCGAUAAAUUUGUUUGCAAACACAUUACGCCGAUUUUAGUUAAGCAAGAGCUUCAAGAAGCAGCAGAAAAAGUUAAAAAGUUGACAAGUUCAGAUUCCAGUUUAUCAAUCAAGAUUAUUAAUGCAAGUAACGAGAUCAAAGCAGGUUACUUGGUUGACGAGCAGAAACUCGAGAUUGUUUUCAAGAUACCUGUCAAUUAUCCGUUGACAAAUGUUCAAGUCCUGGGUCAAUCUCGGGUCGGAAUCGACGAGCACAAAUGGAAAUCAUGGAUAUUAUCUACUCAAAGAGUCAUUACUGGAAUGAAUGGAUCAAUAAUGGAUUCUUUGGAGCUGUUCACGAGAAAUGUCAAUUUACAUUUUUCUGGAUUUGAAGAAUGUGCAAUCUGUUAUUCUAUUCUCCACGCGGUUGAUCAUAAGUUACCCACCAAAACAUGUCCGACAUGCAGUAACAGAUUCCAUGGCGCUUGUCUUUACAAAUGGUUCAGAUCGUCUGGAAACAAUACUUGUCCACUUUGCAGAGCCGAAAUUCCAUUCAGAAAAUAG